GAGGGUCAGACGCCAGCCUUCACGUUAAAAACAUGGAAAUUGAUUUGGGUUUUGCCGAGAAACGGGACAAUAAUGGUUGGUUGACUAACCGCUACUUCCCCAGCAAAUUGGGUGGACUACCGGCCUGGCUGGAGCUGGAGGCACUCCCGGACCCCAAACAGCUGCAGUGCCAGAAGUGCAAGGCGCCAAAAGUUUUCUUAGCCCAACUUUAUGCCCCCCACGAGGAUGAUUUCAACUUUCAUCGGUCGAUUUAUAUUUUCGUGUGCCGGAACGCAGACUGCCAGCAGGAUCAUAGUGCAGAAAAUUUCACAGUGCUGAGGUCUCAGCUGGCACUGAAAAACAAAUUCUUCUCAGAACAGGCGGCGGAAGACGAUGGGGAACCUUUGCCCCCCAUACCAUGCCUGAAAAAAGUAUGUGCCGCCUGCGGCUGUUAUGCUCCGCACGCCUGCAGCCGCUGCAAAACCAUCUAUUAUUGUUCCUCUGCUCAUCAGCGGGCACAUUGGUCCGACCACAAGGCUAACUGCGGGUCAUCGAACGCAGUGCCGCACAAGCCGCUUAAAGCGAUAGAAUUUGAAGAAUUUGAGAUUGUGAUAGAGAGCAAUCCCACGAGGCCGGUUGAAGAAGAUCACAAAGAUGACGACGCCCGUUUGGCAGAGUUUGAAGCGCUACAGGCCAGUGGCAACACCGGCGACCUGAGCAACGUCUCCGAGGCGGAGAUGGACAAGUACUUUGGAAAUACAGCUGGCUCGGACGACAAGACGUUUCGUCAAUUUAAGAAGCAAAUCGCCGACGAGCCCGAGCAGAUUGUGCGCUACAAGCGCGGCGGGGAGCCCCUUUGGAUAACAAACACAGCCGUUACUGUGGCGGAUCAACUGAAAUCGCUGCCCAACUGCAGCCAAUGCGGUGGGAUUCGUCAAUUCGAGUUCCAGAUCAUGCCGCAGACCUUGGUGCUGCUCAAAGAAGAGUUUCUGGACUGGGGCGUACUGGCGGUCUACACUUGUGCCAAGAGCUGCCCCAUUGAGGGAUAUGUGGAAGAGCACAUGGUCAAGCAGGACGUUGUGUCGCAAGAGCAACAUUGAUAAUAAACUCCAUACGUACAUUUAA